AUGGCAAGGAAAUCUGGCUCGAAAUCUCAAAGCAGCAAGCAUGGAAAUGAAAAAGGCAAACCUCGAGGACCAUCAUCGGAUUCACAAGCUUUGAAAACACGCAGUAUUGAGGAGGUUAUGGGGGUAGAAGCACUGGAUUUUGGGCUCGAAAAUGAAAUUUUCACGCCAAAAUCAGGAUUGCAACAUCUUCAAACUCGAUCAGAAGCGAGGCAUUCGUUUAAUGAGUUUAUGGAGGUGAUUCAUGGCUCAGCAAAUCAGAUGAACCAAGAUACUGCUCGAUCUAAUAUGGAAACUGUUUCUGAUAAUAUUGAUGUUAGUGAAAUUCACAGUGAUGAGAGUAACCCUUUUGAAAUCGAUUUUGAUGAUAUUCAAGAGGAGAUUGAUUUUUGGAGUUCAGAUGUGGUGUGCUACAUUGUGGGGGCUAAUCCUCCUAUAAAUGUCAUGGAGGGUUUCAUUCGAAGGAUAUGGAAACAGUUGAAUGUUGACAAGGUUGUCAUGGUGAGAAAGGGGGUUUUCCUGGUGAGAUUUCUUACUAUGGACUCGAGAGAUAAGGUGUUGAAAGGACACUAUUUCUUUGAUAGCAAACCCCUUAUUCUGAAACCUUGGAACUCUGAUAUGAACAUGGAUACACCAGAGCUUCAAUCUGUGCCAAUUUGGGUGCAAUUGAAGUUAAACUUCAAAUAUUGGGGGGAAAAGGCAUUGUUUAAGAUUGUGGCACAGUUAAGCAAGCCACUAAGGAGGGAUCACGCCACAAUCUGUAGAGAUAAACUUCAGUUUGCUAGAGUCAUGGUGGAUGUGCCAUUGUCUCAAGAAUUACCUGAUUUUAUCUCUUUCAGAGAUGAGAAUGGUAUUAUGGUGAGAGUUGCCAUAUUUUAUGAAUGGAGGCCAACAAUGUGCACUAAAUGCAAGAUGUUUGGUCACCUACAGACUGAAUGCAGACAGGGUCAGAAGAAGAUUUGGGUUAGGAAAGCUCCACCACCUGUAUCAGUUCCAGUUCAACCAACUGUACAGGGUGAACAUGUGGUUAGUCCUAUUGUGGAUCAAGAAGGUUUUCAGAGAUCUUUGAGACCAAUCAGGGUGAGAGUUGGUAUAGAAACUCCAGUUAGAACUUCUAGUGUUUUUCAGGUGUUGGAGGCUUCAUUACUUGAUAAUGAAGAAUUGGUAGGAGGACAGUAUCAAGGGGAUGAACAAAGGAUAAAGUAUGCAGUGGGUUUGGUGGGACUCCUGGAACAUAAGGUGAAGAUCUAUAAUCUAGGGAAGCUUUACCAGAAAGUAUUUGUAAAUUGGUGUUUUACUAGCAACUCUAGCUAUCACUCUGUUGGUAGGAUUGUUGUAGCCUGGAAGGCUGGUUGCUUCACAGUUAACAUUGUGGUUGCAUCCAGUCAGUUUGUUCACUGCCAUGUUACUCCUGUAAGUGGUAGGAAGCCCUUUUAUUGCACUUUUGUUUAUGCUUAUAAUGAUGCUGGUAUGAGACAAAAUCUAUGGAGGGAUUUGUUGUUGCUUAAUACUCAAGAUCCCUGGAUUGUGUGUGGGGAUUUCAACUGUGUUAUGGCAUUAGAUGAGAGAAUUGGAGCUCCUGUCAGACAUAGAGAUAUUGUGGAUGUGAGCAAUUGUAUGCAUGCUUGUGGUAUGGAGGAUAUUAAGUGUGUGGGUAAUCUUUUUACCUGGUACAACAAGCAAAAAGGAAAUAACAGGGUUUUUUCAAAAAUUGAUAGAUUUAUGGCUAAUCAUGCUUGGCAAUCUUGCUUUCUAGUUGCUGAAGUGUGCUUUAUGCCAGAAGGUCAUUUUGAUCAUUCUCCUGGACUUCUUUCUGUGUAUCCCAGAGAUGAUGGAGGGAAGAAACCAUUUAAAUACUUUACUAUGUGGAAGCCUUCAACUGUGUUUUCUGAUACUGUCCAGCAGGCUUGGAACACACGGAUUCUUGGCACUAAAAUGUUCAUUUUGAUUAAUAAGCUGAAAAGAGUUAAACUGGCUCUUAAAGAGUUGAAUAAAGUAGGUUUUACAGAUAUUCAUGCUGCAGAUUUGAGAGCUUAUCAGACUAUGGUGAGUGCAUAA